GGCCUAGGGAAGCCGGCGUCGUCCCAGGCAGACCCUCUGAGUCGCCGUUCCCGCCCAGGCAGCCUGUCGGGCCGCGAAGCAGGCACACCCGGAAGUGGCGCGGAACGCAAGCGGCGCGGCGCGGCCAGGUGCCCGGAGGUGGAGCUCGCGGGAGCCGCGCUCGGUGGCGUGUGUGGCUUCGGGGCGGGGGCGCGGCUGCGGCGGGCCGGACGCCAGCUCGGCUUCUAUGGCCGGAGAUCCGGCUGCGUUCCGGGAGUCGAGCGCCUCAGGGGCCGGCUGGGCUGCGGAACAGCUGGCGUGAAGGGGGCCGCGCUCUCGUCCCACGCCGGGGUGCCAUCGCCUGCCGUCGCCGCCCCCUCUGCCCACUCCAGGCCAGGAUCCGCCUUUGACUCCCAACUUUGAAGAUGCUGGAGUCGUACGUAACCCCGAUUUUAAUGAGCUAUGUGAAUCGCUAUAUCAAGAACUUGAAGCCUUCGGAUCUCCAGCUUUCACUAUGGGGUGGGGACGUGGUUCUCAGCAAACUCGAAUUAAAGUUAGAUGUUCUGGAACAGGAACUGAAGUUACCAUUCACGUUUUUAAGUGGCCAUAUUCAUGAGCUGAGGAUUCAUGUACCAUGGACAAAACUGGGCUCCGAGCCUGUGGUCAUUACGAUCAAUACAAUGGAAUGCAUCUUGAAACUUAAAGAUGGAACCCAGGAUGACCAUGAAAGCUGUGGUUCUAACUCUACCAACCGAAGCAGUGCUGAAAACACAAAAUCAUCCGUCAAACCCCGAAGAAUUCAGCAGACUGCUCCUACAGACCCUGAUUUGCCACCAGGAUACGUGCAGAGUCUGAUUAGACGAGUUGUAAAUAAUGUAAACAUUGUUAUAAAUAAUCUAAUUCUGAAAUAUGUUGAAGAUGAUAUUGUCCUUUCUGUCAACAUCACUUCUGCUGAAUGCUAUACUGUGGAUGAACUAUGGGAUCGUUCAUUCAUGGAUAUUUCUGCAACUGAUCUGGUGCUGAGGAAGGUUAUCAAUUUUUCUGACUGUACAGUUUGUCUUGAUAAAAGAAAUGCCAGUGGUAAGAUCGAAUUUUACCAGGAUCCUUUAUUAUACAAAUGUUCCUUCAGAACUCGUCUUCAUUUUACAUACGAUAACCUAAAUUCCAAGAUGCCAUCUAUUAUUAAAAUUCAUACCUUAGUAGAGAGUCUGAAGCUCUCUCUCACAGACCAGCAGCUGCCCAUGUUUAUCCGUCUGAUGCAGCUGGGGAUUGCUCUCUACUACGGAGAAAUCGGUGAUUUUAAAGAUGGUGAAACCGAGGACCCUGCCUGUCACAGCAAAGACGCAUUAGGAAGCUUUGCAGGUACUGAAGAUGAGACAAGAAUAGACAUGCAGUAUCCUGCUCAGUACAAAGGCCAAGAGUUCUGUUCCCAGGACUAUGAGGAGCCUCAGGGAUGGGUGUCCUGGGCCUGGUCGUUUGUUCCUGCUAUUGUGAGUUAUGAUGCCGGGGAGGAAGACUACCUUGGGAGUGACCCCGCAACAACCAUGCAUCAACAGAAAGUGCAAACCCUGAAGGACCCCAUUGUUUCUGUUGGGUUUUAUUGCACAAAGGCAACUGUGACUUUUAAACUCACUGAAAUGCAAGCUGAAAGUAGCUAUUAUAGCCCACAGAAAGUAAAGUCUAAGGAAGUUUUGUGUUGGGAACAAGAAGGAACUACAAUUGAGGCCCUUAUGAUGGGAGAGCCUUUCUUUGAUUGUCAGAUUGGAUUUGUAGGUUGCAGAGCCAUGUGCCUUAAAGGAAUUAUGGGUGUUAGAGAUUUUGAAGAGCAUAUGAACAGAAGUGAAACUGAAGCCUGCUUCUUCAUUUGUGGUGAAAAUUUGAGUACAAAAGGUUUGACAUACCUUACAAAUUCAUUGUUUGAUUACCGAAGCCCAGAGAACAAUGGCACCCGUGCUGAGUUUAUCUUGGAUGCAGCUCAUCAUAAGGAGACAUAUACAGAAAUCGCUGGCAUGCAAAGGUUCGGUGCUUUCUACAUGGAUUACCUGUAUACAGUGGAGCCCAGCAGGGGCAAAGGUCCAGCAAAUCAGCAAGACUUUCCUUCAGGGAAAAAUGAGGACUUAGGAAUAGUCCAAGAAGAGUCUGCUAAGAGCCUUGUUAUAGGCCCUCUCGAUUUACACUUGGACAGUAGUGCAGUGCAUCGAAUUUUGAAGAUGAUCGUCUGUGCUUUGGAGCAUGAGUAUGAGCCAUACAGCAGGCUGAAACCAGAAAGUAAGGAUGGAAAGGAAACGGUACUGAAUCCUGAGGAAGUGGCUUCUUUGGAGGAAUAUAUUCCUACUCGGCACACAAGCAUUACUCUUCUCAAAUGUACUUGCACGAUUUUCAUGGCAGAAUUCAAUUUGCUAGACCGCUUGCUUCCUGUCCUCAUGGGAGGAAAGAACUCAAGUAACUUCAUGAGUGCCACAAACUUCCAGUCACUUCGACCUUUGCCAUCCAUUCAGAUAUUGGUGGAUAAAAUUAAUUUGGAGCAUUCUGUUCCAAUGUAUGCCGAGCAGCUGGUGCAUGUAGUCAGCAGCCUCCCUCAGCCUUCCGAUAGUCUGCUUCAUUAUUGCUAUGUCCACUGCUACCUCAAGGUGUUUGGUUUCCAGGCAGGACUGACAUCUUUGACUCACAGUGGAUCUUACUGCUUGCCUGUACCAAUUAUCCCCUCUUUCAGCACUGCCCUGUAUGGGAAACUUCUGAAACUCCCUGCUCUCUGGACCAAAAGAUCUCAGACUGUUGUAACUGAAGGUAUUUUUGAACUGCCAAAUCUCACAAUUCAAGCAACAAGAGCACAGACACUUUUGCUGCAAGCAAUAUAUCAGAGUUGGGCUCAUAUUGGAAAUAGCAGCUCUUCAACAGUGAAUGAAGCUUUGAUGAAUGAAGUCUUCCAAACUACAGGUGUGAAAGCUAAGAAUCCCCUGCCAACUCUUGAGGGCUCAAUCCAGAAUGCUGAGCUGAAGUACUGCAGCACAUCAUUGGUCAGAUGUGCCUCUGGGACCGUGGGAUCCAUAAAAAUCUGUGCCAAAGCCCCAGGUGACAGUGGAAAAGAAAAGUUGAUUCCUUUGCUUCAGGGCCCUUCUGACACUCGAGACCUUCACAGUACCAAGUGGCUUAAUGAAAGCAGAAAGCCGGAGUCACUCCUAGCCCCAGAUCUGAUCGCGUUCACCACCCAGGUUCCCCAGCACAUGGAUGACUGCCACCUUUCUGGUGCUGUAUUUCUUUGUAGUGUACAAGGAUUAGCAAUUAACACUGACCCAGUAUUGUAUACGUGGCUCCUCUAUCAACCACAGAAAAGGACAAGCAGACAUAUGCAGCAGCAGCCUGUGGUAGCAGUUCCUCAUGUGCCUGCAGUGGGCAGGAGGAAGGAAGAGGAGCUCUCUGCUGGGAGUGCCGCAUUGGCAAAGCAGCAGUCAUACCAAGCCUCAGAAUAUGCCAGCAGCCCUGUCAAAACAAAAACAGUCACAGAGUCCCGAGCACUGUCGGUUCCCGUGAAGACCAUGCUACACAUUCAUGAAGGUCGUAGAAGUCCUGAAGAAAGAAUGAAAGAAUUUAUUGGAAUAUUAUGGAAUGCAGUGAAGAGCCUCACACUACAGCUCGAUGUACAGUCCUUGCUGUGUGGUUCAUUCCAAAUGAGCAGCCUGCCUUCCCCAAGUACAAUUGUAUCUGGUGACAUCCCUGGAACAGUAAGAAGUUGGUACCAUGGACAAACCAGCACACCAGGCACACUUGUCCUCUGUUUGCCGCAAAUAAAGAUUACCAGUGCUGGUCAUAAGUGCAUGGAGCCCCUGCAGGAGAUCCCCUUUGUCAUCCCACGGCCCAUCCUUGAAGAGGGUGAUGCAUUUCCUUGGACCAUUAGCUUGCAUCAUUUCAGCAUAUACACCCUUCUUGGAAAGCAAGUGACGCGGUCCCUAGUGGACCCUAUGGGCUGCACCUCUACUCUAGCUGUUACAUCUCAAAAGCUGCUGCCUCCGGGCCCAGAUGGGAGGCGUUCAUUUGUCGUCUGUCUUCACGUUGACUUGGAGCCACUAGAGAUAAAAUGCUCUAAUCCACAGGUCCAGCUGUUUUAUGAAUUGGCUGACACAGUGAGUAAAGUCUGGACUCGGAUUCAGAAGAGAGGCAAUCUUAGCUCAUCUUCAGUCUGUCCAGAGACCAUGGCAGGCCCUGUCCCUGGUUCUCCACUUCGGAGCAGUGUUGGCACAGCUCCACCAGACACCAGCACAUGCAGUCCGUCCGCUGACAUAGUGACCACCACCGAGGGAGAUUCUGUGCAAGCUGGUGAAGAGUCCCCUUUCUCAGACUCUGUAACCUUGGAACAGACAACCAGUACCAUCGGUGGGUCCAGUGGCGCGUCAGCCUCUGGAUGCAGUGGGAUGCUGCCAAAAGUCACGAUAAAACUCUUUGCUCCAGACCUGGAGAACAAAGGCACAGUAAGGAAGGUUUGUAUGGUCAGUGAACUGGAAGAUCUCAGUGCGUCCAUCGAUGUGCAGGAUGUGUACACCAAAGAAUGUAAGAUAGAGAGCUUCAGUAUUGACCACUAUCAAAGCAGGCCAGGGGAAGGUUGGCAGUCAGGACAUUUUGAAGGAGUAUUUCUACAGUGCAAAGAAAAACCUGUGAUGACAGGAAAGCCUCUAGACGGUGCUCACCAGCAGCAUGGUUUUCUUUCUCUCACCUACACAAAAGCCGUAACAAAAAAUGUCCGCCACAAGCUAACUUCGAGAAAUGAGAGAAGAAGCUUUCAUAAAUUAUCUGAAGGUUUACCAGAUGGCUCACCUCAUUUUCUUCAUGAAAUUCUUGUUUCUGCACAAGCGUUUGAUAUUGUGCUUUGCUUCCCUUUACUGAAUGCUGUUGCAAGCAUAUUUCAAACUAAACCACCAAGGACUCAGAAGGAGAAAAGGAAGUCCUCUGGCCAGCCUCUGAGGACCAGUACGCUGACGUCCCGCAGUUUGCCUUUGAUUUAUAUCAACACAAGUGUGAUCAGAAUUUUUGUUCCUCAAACUGCAAAAACACAGUCAGCUGUCGAAGUGAAUCAGGCGGCGAAGGAAGACACCAUGGUUGUGAAGGUUGGUUCUGUUGCCAUGGCUCCCCAGGCUGAUAACCCACUUGGCAGGUCUGUCCUCAGGAAAGACAUUUACCAGAGAGCUUUGAACUUAGGAAUUCUUCGAGAUCCUGGAUCAGAAAUUGAAGAUAGACAGUACCAAAUAGACCUGCAGUCCAUCAAUAUUGGUACUGCCCAGUGGGAUCAACUGAAACCAGAGAAAGGGAGUGGCCCAGGAGGACCGCUAACAGAGAGUGAAAGGAACUCUCAGAACCCAGCACUGGAGUGGAAUAUGGCCAGCAGCAUACGGCGACAUCAAGAAAGGAGAGCAAUCUUGACCCCCAUCUUGACAGAUUUUUCUGUCCGAAUCACUGGAGCGCCGGCCAUCAUUUUCACCAAAGUAAUCUCCCCAGAAAAUCUACACACGGAGGAGAUUUUAGUGUGUGGCCAUUCCUUGGAAGUGAACAUAACCACAAACCUGGACUUCUUCCUAAGUGUGGCUCAAGUUCAAUUCUUACAUCAGUUAAUAGUAACAAACAUGACUGGAUUGGAGCCAUCCAACAAGACCACAGAGAUCUCUAAACUGGAACAGAAGAAAAUGGAUACGUUUGAUGGAGGCGUAGCGGAAACUUCUUCCCGACACAGCGGUGCUCAGGACAGUGGCAUCGGCAGCGACAGCGUUAAAAUCCAGAUUGUGCAGAUAGAGCAGAGCAGCGGGGGCGCCAGUCAGCACCGCAUAGCCCGCCCCUCCCACCAGUCCUCCAUCGUGAAAAACCUCAACUUUAUCCCCUUCGACAUAUUUAUUACGGCCAGUAGGAUCUCACUAAUGACCUAUUCCUCGGUGCCCUCACCUAAGUCCACAGUACCAGAACAGAAGGAGGAUGGGGCAACAGGCAAGAAUUCCCUAAACCUCCCAGAAGCUGAUGCUGACGUAGCUGAGCCUGCCCAGGCAUGCAUCUCCAUGGUGACUGCUGAAGAUCUCUUAAGCAGUAGCAAUUUUUUUCCUUCAGGAAAAAAAAUAAGGGUUCUCUCCCUUGAAAGCCUCCAUGCGUCCACACGGUCAUCGGCUAGACAAGCACUUGGUGUCACUGUUGUUAGGCAGCCUGGCCGAAGAGGAACCGGCGACUUAGAGCUCCAUCCGUUUCUCUACUUAAUUGUAUCCCAGCCUUCCUUGCUUCUGAGUUGUCAUCACAGGAAACAGAGAGUGGAAAUGUCCAUCUUUGAUGCUGUGCUUAAAGGUGUGGCCCCUGACUACAAGUGUGCAGAUCCUGGGAAGACUCUGCCGGAAGCCCUUGACUACAACACUGUGUGGCUACAGACGGUGCCUGGAGAAACAGACAGUAAAAGUGGAAUUCCGCCUUCCCUCGUUACGCUACAAAUUAAAGACUUUCUUAAUGGACCAGCUGACAUCAACUUGGAUGUAUCAAAGCCUUUGAAAGCUAAUUUAAGUUUCACCAAACUGGAUCAGAUAAAUCACUUUUUAAAGAAGAUUAAAAAGGUACACAGCUUUGAACAUAGCAAAGAGACCUCAGCCCCAUCGGACACUAUCCUGAAUAAGGAUGAGCCUCCCGUCUCCAGAUGUUACCGCGGAAAGUCGUCUCAGCCCAGAGUUCACUGUGAUGGACUGCAGACUUCUUUUCAAGAAAACAUGUGGAGAGCCACUUCCUGCUUUCAAAAAGUUUCUGUCCGCACUACCCAGAUUGUGGUCUCCAUGGAAACUGUCCCACAUCCUCAUACACCGUGUGUGUUAGCAUCACUAUCAACCCUCAGUGGAAGCCUUAGUGUCAGAGCAGCACAAAGAGUACCAGGCAUAAGUCUUGGAUCAUCAUUCCUCCUCAACAUAAGUGAUUUUCUCCUUAAAACAAGCCUCAAAGACAGAAGUCGGAUUCUGAUGGGACCUUUCUCUGCUACUGUCAAUCUGGAAGCCAAGUGGUGUAAACACAGUGGCAAUCCAGGCCCACAACAGGCCAUACCAAAAAUAGCCGUGGAUUUAAGAGGUGGUCUGCUACAGGUCUUCUGGGGUCAAGAGCAUUUGAAUUGCUUGUCCCUUCUGCAUGAAUUAUUCAGUGGAUAUCUUCAGGAAGAGAGGAGCUUUGAAGUGCCGGUUCCCGAAUCAGCACCCCAGAUGCCAUCUCUUGUGGAUAAGACUCAAGCUCUGAGAAGUGAACCAAGUUCAGAUGACCUGCGGACAGGCACCUUCCAGUACCUACAGGAUGCUGAACCUUUGAAACUCCCUGGUGCCUAUGAAGUCUUGUUCUGCAGUGAGACAGACGAGAGCCCGGGGAUGAUGCUGUGGAGGUAUCCAGAACCUCGCGUGCUUACCCUGGUGCGGAUAACUCCUGUGCCUUUCAACACCACAGAGGACCCAGAUAUUAGCACAGCGGACCUUGGUGAUGUGCUGCAGGUCCCUUGUAGUUUGGAAUAUUGGGAUGAACUCCAGAAGGUCUUUGUUUCAUUCCAAGAAUUCAGCCUGUCUGAAAGCAAAGUCUGUGAAUUGCAGUUGCCAGACAUCAGUCUUGUGAGCGACCAGAAGAAACUGGUGUCCUCCGAUCUGUGGAGAAUUGUUCUGAACAGCAGUCAGAAUGCAGCGGAUGACCAGAGCUCUGCGAGUGAGUCUGGUUCUCAGAGCACCUGUGAGCCACUUGUAACUCCAACAGCCCUGGCUGCUUGCACCAGAGUCGACUCCUGCUUCACCCCAUGGUUUGUCCCGUCUCUCUGCCUGUCGUUCCAGUGUGCUCACCUGGAGUUUCGUCUUUGCCAUCACUUGGACCAGCUAGGCACAGCUUCACCACGGCAUCUCCAGCCAUUCAUUCCUGAUAAAAAUGUGCCACCCGAACUCGAGUACAUGGUGAUUUCCUUCAAAGAACCAACCCUGUAUCUUCGACAGUGGAGCAGCGAUUCUGUCUGCCAGGAGAUCCGGUUCUCCUCGCAGGUGGACUGUAGGCUUCUGGAGUGCAGAAAUGUCACAAUGCAAACUGUGGUGCAGCCCUUCGGCAUCUCGGGGCAGCUCGCGCUCUCCGACGACGGAGUGCAGAGGCUGCUCGACGGCACUGUGAUCAUGGACUCGGUGCUUGUCAACUUCGGGCAGCAUGUGGUUCACUCCCUAAACACUGCGAUACAAGCUUGGCAGCAGAACAAAUGCCCUGAGGUAGAGGAAUUGGUCUUCAGCCACUUUGUGAUCUGUAAUGACACACAGGAGACACUGCGGUUUGGCCAGGUGGACACUGAUGAAAAUAUCCUGCUGGCAAGUCUCCACAGCCACCAGUACAGCUGGCGCUCUCACCGAUCCCCACAGCUGUUACACAUCUGUAUUGAAGGCUGGGGCAACUGGCGCUGGUCAGAGCCCUUCAGUGUGGAUCAUGCCGGGACUUUCAUUAGAACGAUUCAGUACAAAGGUCGAACGGCUUCCCUCAUCAUCAAGGUUCAUCCGCUCAGCGGAGUGCAGAAACAGAUUAUCAUCUGUGGAAGACAGAUCAUCUGUAGUUAUUUGUCUCAGAGCAUAGAGCUGAAAGUUGUUCAGCAUUACAUUGGUCAAGAUGGACAAGCUGUAGUCCGAGAACACUUGGAUUGCCUCACAGCCAAACAGAAAUUGCCUUCGUACAUAUUAGAAAACAGUGAACUGACAGAGUUGUGUGUGAAGGCCAAAGGAGAUGAAGACUGGUCAAGAGAUGUGUGCCUGGAACCCAAAGCCUCUGAAUAUAGCACUGUCAUCCAGGUGCCUUCUUCAAACAGUUCCAUUAUUUAUGUAUGGUGCACAGUUUUGACUUUGGAACCCAACUCUCAAGUUCAACAGCGAAUGAUUGUGUUUAGCCCUCUUUUUAUCAUGAGGAGUCAUCUUCCAGACCCCAUAAUCAUACAUUUGGAGAAAAGAAGUUUGGGUCUGAGCGAGACACAGAUGAUUCCAGGAAGAGGGCAGGAAAAUCCGCUGCAGAACGUGGAGCCUGACCUUGCACAUCACCUGACGUUUCAAGCACGAGAAGACUACGAUCCUUCAGACUGUGCUGUUCCCAUAUCAACAGCCCUCAUUAAGCAAAUAACCACUAAGAUACAACCUGGAGGCACAGUUAACCAAAUGCUUGAUGAGUUCUAUGGGCCAGAACAGUCCCACGAACCCACUUGGCCUUAUAAUAAGAAGGAUUCGGACAGGAAUGAACAGCUGAGUCAGUGGGACAGUCCAAUGCGAGUGAAGCUGUCGGUCUGGAAACCAUACGUUAGAACCCUGCUGAUAGAGCUGCUGCCCUGGGCUCUGCUCAUCAACCAGUCCAAGUGGGACCUCUGGCUGUUUGAAGGAGAGAAGAUUGUUCUGCAGGUUCCUGCUGGCAAAAUUAUUAUCCCUCCUAAUUUUCAGGAAGCUUUUCAGAUAGGAAUUUACUGGGCAAACACAAACACUGUGCACAAGUCAGUAGCAAUUAAACUGGUCCAUGAUCUGACGUCCCCAAAGUGGAAAGAUGGCGGGAAUGGCGAAGUGGUGACGCUGGAUGAGGACGCAUUUGUCGAUGCUGAAAUCAGACUCGGCGCGUCCCCAGGACCUCAGAAGCUCUGUCAGUUCUGCGUCUCCUCCAUGGUACAGCAUGGCAUACAGAUCAUUCAGAUUGAAGAUAAGACUACAGUAAUUAAUAAUACACCAUAUCAAAUAUUUUAUAAGCCACAGUUGUCCGUCUCCAACCCCUAUUCUGGAAAGGAGCGAUUCCAUGUUCCAGACACCACUACCUUCAGCAUUUGUCCAGGUGGAGAGCACUCUGCUAUGAAAUCCAGCUCCCUGCCUUGCUGGGACUUCAUGCCUGAUAUGGGGCCAUCAUUGGACACAGCCAUGCUUCAGAAACAGAUACUGCUGGGCUUUUCUCCUGCACCAGGUGCCGACAGCUCGCAGUGCUGGAGCCUGCCAGCUGUUGUUAGACGAGAGUUUCCCAGACAGAGUGUAGCAGUGCCCUGUGGAACCUUGAGGGAAAAUGGAUUCUACACCAGGGCAAUAGCACUGACGUAUCAAGAGCACUUUGGAGUCACUUAUUUAACCCUCUCAGAAGACCCCAGUCCUCGAGUAAUUUUCCACAACAGAUGUCCGGUGACGAUGCUCGUCAAGGAGAACAUCAGAGAUAUUCCGAAGUUUGAGGUUUAUUGCAAAAAAAUUCCUUCUGAGAGUUCAGUUCAUCAUGAGCUGUAUCACCAGAUUAUCAGUUACCCAGACUGCAAGACCAAAGACAUACUUCCCAGCCUCCUGUUAAGACUGGAGUCGACGGAAGAAAUGACAGCCCAGUGGAGUGACGCUGUCGACGUUAACAGUCAAGGGACUCAGGUUGUGUUCCUUACCGGCUUCGGAUAUGUGUAUGUGGAUAUCACCCAUCAGUGUGGUACAGUCUGUAUCACUCUGUCCCCAGAAGGAAAAGCAGGGCCCAUGUUAACCAGCGCCAACAGAGCUCUGGAGAAGAUGGUUACUUUUAAAGCGUUCAUCACCCGCCUGAGCCUGGCAGUGACUGACGACCUCACACACCACAAGGCAUCAUCUGAGCUUCUAAGGCUCACUCUGGACAACAUUUUCCUCCACGUAUGUCCUGUGCCUGGUGUCCUCCCAGGGGAAGAGCGUCCGUCCACCCUGCUCCAGCUUUUCAGUGUGGAAGUCUACUUCGGGGACCUGCAGCUGGACAACCAGCUUUAUAACAAGUCCAAUUUCCACUUCGCUGUCUUGGUCUGCCAAGGAGAGAAGACAGAACCGGCUCGGUACUCAAGAGUGCAGAGUCUCCUGGUCUCCAGCAAAGACUUGGAGGAAUACAAAGAGAACUGCUUCAUCAAACUUCGCCUCACUGUGUCUGAGGGGACGGACUUCCUUUUUGAUGUCAGUGAGUUCUCUGUUGAACUGAAACCAGCACGGCUCUAUGUGGAGGAUACCUUUGUAUACUACAUCAAAACUUUAUUUGACACCUACCUUCCUCACAGCAGGGUGGCUGGUGACCACGCACAGCUCUCUGCAGGGGAGCAGGUGCUGCCCAUGCAGGUGAGACAGCACGCCAGGGCCUUGGUGAACCCGGUGAAGCUACGGAGGUUGGUCAUCCAGCCAGUGAACCUCCUUGUCAGCAUCCAUGCCUCUCUGAAGUUGUACAUAGCCUCCGACCACACCCCUCUGUCCUUCUCCGUGUUUGAAAGAGGACCAGUGUUCACUACGGCAAGGCAGCUGGUGCACGCACUGGCCAUGCACUAUGCUGCUGGGGCUCUUUUCAGAGCAGGCUGGGUGGUGGGGUCUCUGGAGAUCCUUGGCAGCCCCGCCAGCUUAGUGAGAAGCAUUGGAAAUGGGAUCUCGGACUUCUUCAGGCUUCCAUACGAGGGAUUGACACGAGGCCCAGGGGCCUUCGUGAGUGGAGUCUCCAGAGGGACCACAUCAUUCGUCAAGCACAUUUCUAAAGGUACCUUGACAUCUAUCACCAACUUGGCUACAAGCCUGGCCCGAAAUAUGGACCGGCUCUCGCUGGAUGAAGAGCACUAUAACCGGCAGGAGGAGUGGCGGCGGCAGCUUCCUGAGAGCCUGGGCGAGGGACUGCGGCAGGGCCUGUCCAGGCUGGGCAUCAGCCUGCUCGGUGCAAUUGCUGGUAUAGUUGAUCAGCCAAUGCAGAACUUCCAGAAAACAUCCGAGACCCAGGCUUCAGCGGGACGUAAGGCCAAGGGUGUCAUCUCAGGCGUGGGGAAAGGAAUCAUGGGGGUCUUCACCAAACCCAUUGGGGGAGCUGCAGAACUUGUGUCACAGACUGGCUAUGGUAUUUUACAUGGAGCUGGACUUUCUCAGCUUCCCAAACAGCGGUAUCAACCAAGAGAUCUCCAUGCCGACCAAGCUCCAAACAGCCAUGUCAAAUAUGUCUGGAAAAUGCUUCAGUCUCUGGGCAGACCAGAAGUCCACAUGGCUCUGGAUGUGGUUCUGGUGAGGGGUUCGGGCCAGGAGCAUGAAGGGUGUUUGCUGCUGACAUCAGAAGUGCUCUUUGUUGUCAGCAUCAGUGAAGACACACAGCAGCAGGCCUUCCCCAUCACAGAGAUCGACUGUGCACAGGACACCAAGCAAAACAACCUGCUCACUGUACAGCUCAAGCAACCAAGAGUAGCCUGUGAUGUGGAGAUGGAUGGUGCCCGGGAGAGGCUGUCAGAGCAACAGUUCAACAGGCUCGUGGACUACAUCGCAAAAACAUCUUGUCACCUGGCCCCAAGCUGCUCGUCCAUGCAAACAGCAUGUUCUGUGGUCGCUGUGGAGCUGCCCCCUGCCACUGUCAGAACCUACCACUACUUAGCUGACCCCCACACUGCUCAGGUCUUUGUUAGCAAGUUCACCAUGGUGAAGAACAGAGCCCUGAGGAAAGGCUUUCCCUGAGUCCUUGCCCGAGUCCCCCUUAGGGCAGAAGUGUGAUUGCUGAGCAACACAGAGUUCCAAUAUUCAACACAGACACAAGGCCAACAAGUCUGUAGUAACAGGCAUACUAAUUUUGCGGGAUAUUACCUAGUACCUUCUCCCCAGACCAAAAAGAAAAAAAAAAAAUACUCCUCCCUCAAGUUAUAAAGAAAAAAAAUUCAAGUGGGAGAGGAACAAAUGAUCAGCAGAAUCCUGUUUUUGUAUUCUUACCAUGUGUAGAAAAAUCUCUCUGCCAUCUGCAGAAGUGUCACUGUAAUUUCAAUCUGUUAACGUUCUGCUCUACAGUAAAUGGACAGGUCCUAGAAUAGACACAAAAUAAAACUACACCACCCCGUAAUACCUAGAGUGUUGUUUCAUUUAACUACAAUACCAUUCUUUUAGUAAGACCGAUACAUAUAUCUUCAAAGUCAGCGUUCUACUAGUUUACAGACUUAACUGCUCAGGUCUAUUUUGGAAAGGUUAUGUUUUACCAAGCUAAAAAGCAACAUUUUGUGUCUACCGACAAGAACAAAACAUAAUGCUUGUAUGUUUAUUUAGUUCCAGAAUUCCUUAGUAAAUGGGGUGAGUUAAGAACCCCAACAUUGCCAAACCAUGGUGGCGCACACCUUUGAUCCCAGCACUUGGGAGGCAGGGACAGGUGGAUCUCUUGAGUUCGAGGCCAGCCUGGUCUACAGUGCGAGUUUCAGGACGGCCAGGGCUACACAGAGAAACCCUGUCUCCAACAUUAAGGCUAACAACACCAUCAGUCCAGGUAGUUCUCCAUGUACUGUCCUGAUAAAGCAUGUAGGCAGUUCCUAAAGGCUGCUAAGAAUUAUUUAACAUCCAAGAAAGGUUUCGAUGCAAGACCUGGAGACACCAGCUGUCUCAUCAUGUGCUGAUGGCAUCCGUGCAUGGGCCUGAAACGUGUUUCCUUCAGCUGAAAAGCGACAGUAGGAUCUUAAAGACCACUGAGCUCCAACUCCCAAGCUGGGCACACACCCCACUACAUCGCUACUACUGGAAAACAAAAGAGGACAAUUCAAGCCAAAUAUGAAAACCAUCUCUGGAAUUAGUCUGUUACUCAUUAGAAAAGCAACAUUUUUAUCAACCUCAAGAAUAAUUAUUUUUAAGAAUGUAAAUAUGUACUGAAUCUUCUAUGGCUUAUGGUAAUUUUACAUACUACUAAGAAUUAUAUAAAUAAUAAAAGAUAUUCCUGAAUUACUGACCACUGGA